AUGGCAAACACGCUUUAUGGUUAUUUCCUUGAGGAUCGAGUUGCUUAUCCUGUUGUGGAGUAUUUUGUGCGGAACAAUUGGAAGAAAUAUGGUAUUCAAAAGUCGAUGAUGAAUGAUAACGGAUUCUUUUUCUUCAAAUUCUCGGACGAGGCAGGUUUGUUGAAUGUGUUGAAGGAUGGCCCAUGGAUUAUUCGGUCUCAACCAUUAUUUCUAAAUGUUUGGAGCCCGACUACUAAACUGGAAAAAAAGGGUGUCAAAAAGGUGCAGAUAUGGGUAAAAAUCCAUGAUGUCCCAAUUGCUGCUUACACGGAGGAUGGUCUAAGUUUAAUUGCAACUACAAUUGGAGAGCCGAAAGCUUUGGAUUCUUAUACUUCAGCGAUGUGCACGGAUAUGUGGGGCCGAAGCAGUUAUGCGAGAGCGUUGGUAGAGGUGUCGGCUGAUAAGCAAUUAAGGGAGGAAAUCAAGUUAGCCGUUCCUGAUCUGGAGGGGGAGGGGUUUGUUAAGGAAUCGUUGUCGGUUGAAUACGAAUGGAACCCGUUGCGUUGUGCUCACUGUUGUGUGUUUGGUCAUUCUGACGAUCAUUGCCCGUACCAACCUAAGAUCCAGAUUAAUGCUCAUAAUGCUUCUAAGAAUGGCAAGAAACCGGUGGUGGAUGAGGAGGGCGUUAAUGAGGUCGGGGAGAGUAGCAAGUCUGGUGAUGCUCGGGUUAAUGUGGAGGAUGAGGUGGUGGAGGAGGUUUAUUCGGAGGUAGAUGGUUACGAUAUGGAUGGCUUUCUGAGGGGUUUGAACCGCCCUAUUAAGCAAGCUGAGGUUCGUCAAACUAUCAAAGAGUUUAAACUAAGUUUGUGUGUUGUUCUUGAAACUCAUGUUGAUCCGUGUAAUCUUUCUAAUAUAUGCAAGUCGGUGUUCCGUUCGUGGCAUUGGUCUUCUAAUGGGGCUCGGUGUAGUAAAGGUACUAGAAUUAUUGUUGGUUGGAAUCCUUGUGUUUUUGAUGUUAUGGUGCUUUCGCAGACGGAUCAGGUUAUGCACUUGCAAUUGUUUUUUAAACAGGAGAAAAAAAUGAUGUUUUGUUCUAUUAUCUAUGCUGCGAAUUAUUAUGUAUCGCGUAGGGAUUUAUGGAGUCAACUUUCGUUACAUAAAGUGUUGGUCCGUGAUGAUCCUUGGGUCAUGCUUGGUGAUUUUAAUUCUGCUUUGCAUCUUGAGGAUAAAUCUAUGGGUUGUUCAUCCGUUUCGGCGAGCAUGAGGGAAUUUCAGGAUUGUGUGGCUGAUGUAGAGAUGAUAGAUGAACCGUUCGGGCAUCCACUUUACGUGGAGUCAAAAACCGAAGAAAGGAAUUGGCUUAAUGAAAAAAAUCGAUAG